AUGAUUAAAUCUUCACAAAGAUUUAAUAAGCACCACCAAAAUUUCUUUGCUUUUGACCUUCGAAUACUCUGGGAAUUUGUGAAAACUCAAAUUGAUGAACAAAUUCUAAGAACUGAAAAAAGAAAAGAUUUAAUUUUCAAAAUGAGAAGAAUUUUCAUCGUUCCGUUUUUUAAUGAAAAAGCCUUUUUUACUCUAGAAGGUCAAAUUUUCUUUGGCUCAAACAAUUUGAUAAAGAAACCUUUAACAUUUGCUCUUUUUAUUCAUAAGCAGACACUUUUCACAAUUGCCAUUCAAUUCAGAGAUGAAACGUAA